AUGCAGAAGUUUCAUACUCGGCUCGUGGAGCCACUGGAAAGCGACCCACUGUUCUCAGGCGAGAACAUAGAGUUCAACGAUCGCGAGCAAGCCAAGUCAAUCCGCCCCAUGAGAAGAUUGAUACUCUGUCUCGAUGGUUCCUGGCAAUCCUCCAACCAUGGAGAGAAAAAUAUCGCGUCCAACAUUGCAAAGUUGAGCCGCUCCAUCGCCAGCUGCGAAAAGACCGACGAAGAAGUGAUUCACCAAAUCGUCUACUAUGAUGCAGGCGUUGGAACUGGGAAUAGCGCCCCAAGAGAGGGUGCGUCGACGCCUGAGAGAAUUCUGGCAAAGAGUCAGAAAGUCUUCGAAGGCUCCUUCGGAAGAGGAGUGGAGGAGAAUGUAUGCGAGGCCUAUAACUUCUUGGUCAGCAACUGGCUUCCCGGUGAUGAAAUAUUCAUUUUCGGCUUCUCACGCGGUGCAUACACAGCUCGCGCGGUGGCAGGAAUGGUCUGCAACAUGGGAAUUUGUUUCCCAGACAUGAUGGAUGAUUGGUGGGCGAUCUACGACGAGUACAAGAAGAGGGUCUCCAAAGAAGAGAAGCCAAAGCCUCACCAAAACGGCAUGCAUGUUCCGGAUGGCAUUCAGCAAAGCACCUGGGGCCUGUACAAUGUGAAGAAGGACUGGAAGGACCGCUUCUACAAGAACGUGGAGAUCCAAGUCGUUGGCGUGUUUGAUACCGUCGGUGCCCUGGGAUGGCCAUCCAACAAGUAUGUGUCGGUGGAUCAGAAAAACGAGGCCAAGUACGGCUUUCACGACACCAACCUGCACAAGAAUAUCAAGAACGCCUUCCAUGCCCUGGCUCUUGAUGAGCACCGACAGGCAUUCCCUCCCACUCUGUGGUCCCUUCCUAAGGGUGUUUAUACCAAUCUGGUGCAAUGCUGGUUCCCUGGCUACCAUAUCAACAUCGGUGGUGGUAGUGAGUCUACUAUGGAGCAUUACGGUGAUAUGGAAUCCAUGGCCAAUCUGUCGUUGGUAUGGAUGAUCGAUCAAAUCCGCAAACACACCAAUGUCACCUUUGAGACCUACGCGCUGGCACAGUUUUACCACCACUACACCUGUACUAUCGUGGACCUUUCACAGCGUGCCUUCAAGGAGGGUGAUUCCAAAUGCCGUAUUGCGAAAAAGUUGGACCCGACCAAAUGGAGCCAGGACGUGCCUGAUCCCAAGAACCCCACCGCGUACGGCGGUUGGGGCAUGGGGUACCGACCUGAUAGCAUCGACUCUAUGACGGGUUACAGCGGGUCUGUCAUUCGCACUCCAGGUCAAUACAAGAAGGACGGAGAUACAAAGGAGUUCAUUCACCCUGUCGUUGCAUAUGCAAUGGGCAAGUCGUACCGCGAGGCGCACGGUGAGGGCAAGGUCCUAAACUACCAGCCCGCCGCCCUGAAAGGCUUCAAGCGAGUGAAGGAUCCCAAAGUCCCAUGUUCCUGGUCGGAUAACGGACUGCAGACUCUGGAGGGCUGGUACUGGAGAAAGCAAGCCAAGGGCGUUAAAUAUGCCGACACUUCAUACCUGACCUGCAUGAGCAACUGGUACAACUCCUCCUGGCCCCCAGAGGAAGAUCAAGACAUCCUCAUUCCUGAGAUGGACUUGUGCGAGGAUAAUGAUUCGAACAUCUUCAAUGAACGGGAUUACAUGCGCGCGGAUUGGCUCGCGUUGAGAGCUUCCCUGGUUGGAUUCCCUGACGAUGUCCACCUCGCGAUCCAGAAAUGCGUCCUGCCAAAGGACAACUCCGCCUCGGAGGAUACUGUGCGACGAGAGAACAUGUUGCUGAAUGCGUUAAAAUAUGUCACCGAAAGACAUCGUGGCAGCUCUCAUCUGUAA